GAGACACCCCGGGACCUCAGCCCCGGCCCCGGACUCCGCGCCCAGGGUGACCCGUGGGCGUUCUCCCCCUUCUCGCAGAAGUCGCCCGGAAAUGGGAGCUUGCGCGAAGCGCUGAUGGUCCCGCAGGGGAAGCUCAUGGACCCGGGCUCCCUGCCGCCCCCCGACUCCGAAGAUCUCUUCCAGGAUCUAAGUCACUUCCAGGAGACGUGGCUGGCUGAAGCUCAGGUACCAGACAGUGAUGAGCAGUUCGUUCCUGAUUUCCAUUCAGAAAACUUAGCGUUCCACAGUCCCACUACCAGGAUCAAGAAGGAGCCCCAGAGUCCCCACACAGACCCAGCCCUGUCUUGCAGCAGAAAGCUGCCACUGCCCUACCACCAUGGCGAGCAGUGCCUUUAUUCCAGUGCCUAUGACCCCCCCAGACAAAUCGCCAUCAAGUCCCCCGCCGCCCCCGGACAGUCGCCCCUGCGGCCCUUUUCCCGGGCAGAACAACGGAGUUUCCUGAGAUCCUCCGGCCCCUCCCAGCCCCACCCUGGCCACGGGUACCUCGGGGAACACAGCUCUGUCUUCCAGCAGCCCCCGGACGUCUGCCACUCCUUCACAUCUUCUCAGGGAGGGGGCCGGGAGCCCCUCCCAGCCCCCUACCAACACCAGCUGUCUGAGCCCUGCCCGCCCUACCCCCAGCAGAGCUUCAAGCAGGAAUACCACGAUCCCCUAUACGAGCAGGCGGGCCAGGGUGGGGUCAGUGGGCACAGGUACCCAGGGGCGGGGGUGGUAAUCAAACAGGAGCAGACGGACUUCGCCUACGACUCAGAUGUCACGGGGUGCGCCUCAGUGUACCUCCACACAGAGGGCUUCUCCGGGCCCUCUCCAGGGGAUGGGGCCAUGGGCUAUGGCUACGAGAAACCUCUGCGGCCCUUCCCGGACGAUGUCUGCGUCGUCCCUGAGAAAUUUGAAGGAGACAUCAAGCAGGAAGGGGUUGGCAUGUUCCGAGAGGGGCCCCCCUACCAGCGCCGGGGUGCCUUGCAGCUGUGGCAGUUCCUGGUGGCCCUGCUGGACGACCCCACGAAUGCCCAUUUCAUUGCCUGGACGGGCAGGGGGAUGGAGUUCAAGCUCAUUGAGCCCGAAGAGGUCGCCAGGCUCUGGGGCAUCCAGAAGAACCGGCCGGCCAUGAACUAUGACAAGCUCAGCCGCUCGCUCCGAUACUACUAUGAGAAAGGCAUCAUGCAGAAGGUGGCCGGGGAGCGCUACGUGUACAAGUUCGUGUGCGAGCCCGAGGCCCUCUUCUCUCUGGCCUUCCCCGACAAUCAGCGUCCAGCUCUCAAGGCUGAGUUUGACCGGCCAGUCAGUGAGGAGGACACAGUCCCUCUGUCCCACUUGGACGAGAGCCCCGCCUACCUCCCCGAGCUGGCUGGUCCUGCCCAGCCCUUUGGCCCCAAGGGCGGCUACUCCUACUAGCCCCUAGCACCUGCUCCACCCGCACGGUGGGCGCUGCCCCAUGUACAUAGAGGUGAUUUGUGUUGGGGAAGCCCUUGCUCUAAAGCUCGCAGGUGUCUGGGCAGAGCUCCGCAGUCCCAUCAGUCGCCCGGGCCAACUCUGAGCUGUUCCCCAGAGUCACUGGGAAGGAAGAGUGGAGAGAUGGCAAGUCUAAAGAAAGGUGGCAUCUCGGAAGCUCCUGGGAGUCUCGCCUGGCCUGGACCUGAAGAGGUCAGCCAUGCCUCCUCCGGGUCCUGUGCCGAGGCCCGAGCCACUCCCUGUCCUGGGCCACUGAGAACAAGAUGAUCUGUUCUGAGGACAGAGGAGCUUCCCACCUCUUCCUGGCGGGGGUCAUAGAGCUCCCCAGCUCUCACUGUGGGGGACCCUGGACUCGGCACUGCCCUAAGCCGUGGCCCCAGUGGGUCCCUGCCAGUUCUUGGUGCUGUGUUCCCAGAGGCAGGGGAAGGGAGGAGGAAUGAUCGUGGUGUGGGGUGCUGGGUGGAGGCAGGGAGGGAGGGGCUCCGCUCCAGGGUGCCUGUGCCCUUCCUUUGCCUGUUCCUAGGCCCAGGCCUGGGGUUCUACUUCCGCCUCAUCUGUCAGACCUUAAUAAAAGCCCCUGCUUCUCC